ACCCCCCUCUUCAUCAGAAUUCGGAUAAUAUAAUACAAUCAACUAACAGUUCUUGGUUCUCUCAUCCAAAAGCACAAAUUUUGAAGACCAAAUGGCAACAAUUUCAGCAUUUUCAACUCCUUUGCGUUUAAUCUCCAAAACCCAUUUUAAAUCUCCCAAAAACCUCUUCUUUUAUCCAAAUUCUAUCCAUUUUCAGAAAAAAUUUUCCACCUUUUCUUCCAACAACUUAACCUUAUCCUUCAAAAACAGCAAAACUCUUUACGGUACUGGGAAACUCAAGUCUGCAGAAGAAGAAGAAACAGCUGUUGUUGAACAAGAACAAGAAGAAACAACUGUCGCCGAACAAGAGUCUGUUUCUGUUCCUGUUUCUCCUUCAGACACUCUCAGAAUGUACUUCCAGGCAGAUGGAAUGUUGAAUGAAGCUGAAAUUCCGAAGGUGACCAAGGCAUUAGAGGGAGCAGAAGGUGUUUCCGAUUUGAAGGUUCAAGUCCUUGAGGGUAUUGGUACUGUUGAGUUAAUGAAACAGACGACGGUUCAAGCUACCGGAGUAGCAUCCAAUUUGGUGGAGCUCAUACAAGGUGCAGGAUUCAAGUUACAAACAUUGAAUUUGAGUUUUGAUGAUGAAGAAGACAUUCUUGUCUAGAUCUUGUAUUUUGAUUUCGUAAAACUUCAAUGGAGAACAACUUGCAUCUUUGAAGUCCUCUGCUCCUUUCUUCUGAUUCUGCUAUCCAAGAAUGGCAGUUAAAAACAUGAAAAGAUCAUAUGUUCUUGAUAGAGAAUAUUAGUUCAAAAUGAUAAUAUAAGCCUUUGCUUUAACAUCUUUAAGUUGAAA